GCGCGUCGGCCCUUCCCUCUGCUAGCACCCUGCUCAGGGCGCCAGACCCAGUCCCAGCGCCAGGCAGCUAGCUACAGUACGGCGGUCCGUCACUGUCGGGGUCCCAGCCUUCGCGGGCCGGGGCCUCCGCUGCCGCGGCAGGACGGGGAGGAGGACCAUGGCGUCCUGCGUGGGGAGCCGGACUCUGAGCAAGGACGAUGUGAACUACAGGAUGCAUUUCCGCAUGAUCAACGAGCAGCAAGUGGAGGACAUCACCAUAGACUUCUUCUACCGGCCGCACACUAUCACUCUGCUCAGUUUCACCAUUAUCAGCCUCAUGUACUUCGCCUUCACCAGGGAUGACUCUGUUCCUGAAGACAACAUCUGGAGAGGCAUCCUCUCAGUUAUUUUCUUCUUCCUCAUCAUCAGUGUGUUAGCAUUCCCCAAUGGUCCAUUUACUCGACCGCAUCCAGCCUUAUGGCGAAUGGUUUUUGGCCUCAGUGUGCUGUACUUCCUCUUCUUGGUCUUUCUCCUUUUCCUGAACUUCGAGCAGGUUAAAUCCUUAAUGUAUUGGCUAGAUCCCAAUCUUCGAUAUGCUACAAGAGAAGCGGACAUCAUGGAAUAUGCUGUGAACUGCCACGUGAUCACCUGGGAGAGGAUCGUCAGUCACUUUGAUAUAUUUGCAUUUGGGCAUUUCUGGGGCUGGGCCAUGAAGGCCUUGCUGAUCCGUAGUUAUGGGCUCUGCUGGACAAUCAGCAUCACCUGGGAGCUGACAGAGCUUUUCUUCAUGCAUCUGCUGCCCAACUUUGCUGAGUGCUGGUGGGACCAGGUCAUUCUGGACAUCCUAUUGUGCAAUGGUGGUGGCAUCUGGCUGGGCAUGGUUGUUUGCCGAUUUUUGGAGAUGAGGACUUACCACUGGGCAAGCUUUAAGGAUAUCCAUACUACCACAGGGAAGAUCAAACGUGCCGUGUUGCAGUUCACCCCUGCUAGCUGGACUUAUGUCAGAUGGUUUGACCCUAAGUCUUCCUUCCAGAGAGUGGCUGGGAUAUACCUUUUCAUGAUCAUCUGGCAGCUGACUGAGUUGAAUACCUUCUUCUUGAAGCACAUAUUUGUGUUCCAAGCCAGCCAUCCCUUAAGCUGGUGUAGAAUUCUCUUCAUUGGCUGCAUUACAGCUCCUACAGUGAGACAAUACUAUGCUUACCUCACCGACACACAGUGCAAGCGUGUAGGGACACAGUGCUGGGUGUUUGGGGUCAUUGGUUUCCUGGAGGCUAUUGUUUGCAUAAAAUUUGGACAAGAUCUCUUCUCUAAGACCCAGAUACUCUACGUUGUAUUUUGGCUUCUUUGUGUGGCCUUCACCACGUUCCUGUGUCUGUACGGCAUGGUUUGGUAUGCAGAGCACUAUGGCCACCGGGAAAAGACCUAUUCAGAGUGUGAAGAUGGCACUUACAGUCCAGAGAUCUCCUGGCACCAUGGGAAAGGCUCAAAAGGUUCUGAAGACAGCCCACCCAAGCAUUCAAGCAACAGUGAAAGCCAUUCUUCCAGAAGAAGGAACCGGCAUUCCAAGUCCAAAGUCACCAAUGGAGUUGGAAAGAAAUGAAGAAGCCUAGUUAAUGUCAGAUGUUCCAGAGAGUGCUUAGACCUGAGAGGGCAACAGAACAUCUUCGGGUCUUCCUAUGUGGAGAUCAAAAUGUACAGAACAUACAGAAGGAACAGAGGGGGCUUUGGGGAUCAAGAUUUGAGAUUAUAAGUCUUGGCUUCCAUAGCCCUGAACACACAUUAGGCUGGUCAUGACUUGGGGUUCUUUGCCAACAGGAGGUGUCUCCUAACUUCAGCACAUGGCCUGUGGUUGCUGGUAGCUAUAUAGUGUGCUGGUAGGACAGGAUAGCUGUUUGUUCCUGCUUGCCAGCAAUGGCUCUGUGUUCAUGUGUCUUGUGGACGCUGUAUAAAUAUCUUCAUUCAGAUGAUUUAACCAAUUGGUUAAUGAACUGCUCACUGGGUUUUAUUUUUAUGAAUCUGCCUUUCCAUUUGAUUGAUUGUUUAAGUUCAGUUUGCUUUUCCAUCUUUUACUUCCUGUUGUCAAGUUAGAGUGCUUAAAAGCUUCCAGAAUCCAUUGCUGAAAUUAGGGUUCCUUCUAGAGAAACAAAGAGUGGGGGGAGCUUUUGUGUCCCUGCUUAGCAUACUCAGUCCCUAGCCACAUGACAUAUGAUCAGCAGCCUAAGUUUGAAGGAGGCUGGCUGCUUGCACUGGAGUCUCAGAUUGGAACCUGUUCCAUUCCCAACGCUGUUUGUCCAGACUGAGUGCACAAAAGCAACCCUGCCCGAGGAGCUGGGGCACUGCAGCUCCGCUCCUGCCAGGUGCCUUUCCCAUGGGCUUGGUUUUCCUUCUAUGGUUUGUUGCCUACUUUGUCUUUCUGUCUCAUGUGAGGUGCUAGUGAGUAUUAAUUAACUUUCAUCUGUGCCAUGUUCUCCUAGAACAUUCUCCCACCGUGGAUCCUUGUUUUAAAUAAACCAGUUCACACAAAAGACUCCUCAAAUAUCUGUCUGUUAGAAUGACAUUUCUUCGUUAUCUUUUUGGUCUUUCAACUGUUUAUAAGCAAGCUUGUAUUUUACAAUUGACUUUAGGAUAAUACAUAUGUAUAUGUGUUCUAUAUGCUGAAGAGAAAAAAGAAACAUUAUUUUUAAAGGGCUUAUGAUAUAUGUCCUAGUCUGAAUCUUCCAGAGUAAUCCACAAGAAGUGGAAGUGUAGCCAUUGUCUGUUACUAUGGUCAUGCUGACCAAAUUGGAUUUUCUUCUUCAAACAAGUGGCCUGUACACAUACAAACUUACUAGCCCUUUCCCUUAUUUCCUGGAGCACAAUGAUUUCUGCGUCUUUGCUGUCUUAAAGGAAAUCUUUGAACUAUAGAAGUUAUAUUUUCCUUCUUUGAAAAAAAGAAUUCUCAGAUGAGAGGGUUAAAUGAAUCAUGAACAGCCAAGGUCACAGUUAGUGCCCUGAGUGACCACUUGAUCUAGAGCUACCUACAGACAUGCCUCUUCAGCCAGACUGUUCUGAGAAGAUCAGCAGCAGCAGCUAGCCCACACUGGGAAUCCAGGACAGGUCAUAGCUCUCAGCUUCCUCACCGUGUCCCAUGAUUGUGUUUAAAGGGGGGCAGAGCAGUGCAUGCUGCAUAUACUACCUGUCAUUCCCCAUUCCUUCUUUCAUAGUUCUGGAAUUGAACCCAGGACCUCUUGUGUGCUAGACAAGAGCUCUGCCUCUGAGCUUUGGCCUUUCCUCACAUUCCAUCAAACAAGCUUUUAUGAAUGUAGUUAUGACUUUAAAACAUCCCUCUGCUUUGCAGAUUGGUGAGUUUGUUUUGUUUCUGUGCAAUUUUGGUGAGCCCCAAAAUUUGUAUCCCUCUUAUAGGUUCUAUGCCAUGCCAUUGAGGGUUUCCAAGGUCCUUCUCCAGAAGAGCUGGGUCUUGUGCUGAAGGACUCAUGUAGUGGGUGGCCCAGCCCCUCUGAAGGGGCACAGCCCAUCUUCUACAACCAGACAGUUAAGUGCCUGUGGAGUUGAUGGUGAAUUUGACAUUGCUGUGGUGUGCGUAAGAACCAAAGCACACAUGAGUUAAUGUUUCCUCUCUGGCUUUGUAGGAAGCAGCUAGGAAAGCAUUAAGUUCAGACUUUCUAUUUCCCCUUUGAGUAAGUGCUCUUAGCUGCUGUAAUGACCAAACCAACACUUUCCGUGGCUGUGUUACCAUUACUCCUCCACACCAUACCACUGGUCCUGGCCUACAUUUCCAGGUUGAUGGAAGUAGAACACAUGUUCCAGAGGCAUCCUUCAGUGGGUGGUGACUUUAAGUCACCUCAUGACCCCUUUGGCAGAUUGCUGUCUUUAAAGAUACCACUAUUGAGGGUAUAAAGCAGGAGGAAAUUUUUUGUGUCUUUCUCCCUAAUUCACACUGCACUGAGUGUCAGACUCUCUUUCCUUUUCAUCAUCCUUGGACCUUACAGGUCUCUGCCUUCCCUCUUGUUCCUUUCACCAUUCAUAAAGAAGCCUUGACCACCUGCUCUCCCACCCAUGCUCAGAUGUUUCACUGCCCUGUUGAGCAUUUUGAUGAUACCCAGCAUAUGGUAAAUGCCAGUCUUCACUGGGACUGCCCUGGAAAUCAGGUUCUCACCCAAGAAAAUAAAAUUGCUUACAUCAGUCCCAGUCUUCUUAGUCCCUACUCAGAAGCCACUUACCUCAGAGCAUCCUGAGAAAUGAUACCUGCUUUGUUAAGGCCUGCAUUUUAGAAUUGGAUUUAUAGAAUGUUUGGGUUACAUUUCAAAGCCCUGACAGAGUGACUAAUUGGGAGGCUGGGUAGAGAAGGGAAGGCUUACUACUGGAUGAGAAGCAAGAAGUGGGGCCUUUGGGAGCAGACUGAGUGUGUCCUUUAAACACUGUGUUUAACAUCCAUUGGCUGUGCCCAGGGACUGUCAUAGGACUGCUGGGCAUAUCACAGUGUUGACCAGGUGAGUGUGACUUAACAUCCAGAAAUCCACAGGUGGACUAUUGUGCCUCUAUAUUUCCUAUUUCUCUGAUGGAGAAAGGCCUCUGGUUCCUGCAUCUCACCACCCAAUGGAACACCUCUUUAUGUGUAUGCAUGUUUCCAUGAUUACAUUUGAGAUUUGGUUCUUUGCAGUCAGUAUUGGAGUGACUGAUACUGAUGGGCCACAAUCUUACUGCUCAUCCGUAAUUAAAGAUGUGAUUUUUAUAUCUUUUAUUCUGAACUUUAUGGUAAGAUGGUCACAGGUAAAGCUGUAAUAUUUUUUUUAGUUUUGCCCUUAUGUGAACUUAAAGCAAUUUGUUACCAUGUAUUGAUUGUACAAAAUAAUGGGUUUCAUUCUGACAUUGUCACGUGUGUGUAUACAGUAUGCUUUGAUCAUAUUCCCCAUUACUCUCUUUUGUCUCCCCUGCCACCCAGAUGGCCCCUUUUCUCUUCCCAAAUAAUUUAAAGGAACUAUUAUUGUCUACAAAAGAAUAAGAAAAUAGCUGGACUUGAAUUGUUUAGUUUGUAGGCAUGCUGAGUUGUAAAAUAUCUUCCUUGUCUCUGAUGUCCACUAAAAAUGCCUUUGGUCCACUUUAAAAA